AUGGGUUUGUUAUUUAAGAGAAGGGAAGAAUCUGCUAAGUGGAAUCAAAAUGAUUUGGUCCCUGCUGCUGUUAAGUUGAUAAAUAAGAUGCUUGACUUGGUUGGGAAGUUUGAUACAGAAGGAAGUGUGGUUGGACAGGUUUAUUUGGUAACUAAUGUGUCUACCAAGAAAAUUUUCACAGUGAACAUUGUAGACAAACAAUGCACUUGUUUGCAAUGGCAGCUAAGGGGAUUCCCUUGUCAACAUGCUGUAUGUGCAUUGAAACUGCUCAGGCCAAACUGGAAAGAUUAUUGUGCUCCUUACUACUCUGUGGAAUAUUAUAGGACCAUAUAUGCAGAUGCUGUAAAUCCACUAGAAGACAUAAGUGAAUGGAACUGGGAAGAUAAGGCAUCCAUGGACAUCAACUUAAAGCCUCCUCCUUAUCAAAGAAAAACUGGAAGACCAGCAAAGAAGAGGAAGAGGAGCUAUGAUGAACCUGAAACUGUGGUGAAGAAAAGGAAAUGUGGAAAGUGUGGAUCUACUGCUGGUCAUAAUAAGAGAACCUGUGCUGGUGGUGAUGUUGGUAAAAACCCAACUGGAUUCAUGCCAAGCACCGAGUAUGAUGCUGCAAACUGCACCUUCACUAGUAGAGAUCAUCCUGAAAGUAGCAGUGCAAGGGGUAAAGCAAAGGUGAACAAAUCCAGAGGUACAUCUUCAUUUGUUGGUGAGUCAACAGGACCUAAAAACUUUGGAAGAGCACCAACAGAACCUAGCACCCAUGGAUCUACACAAGAUGUUCUGAAUUUCAGUCAGAACUUUACUGGUAUUGGAUCUGUUAGUCAACAUAUUCCUGUCACAAAGGGAAAGCAAAGCAAGGCUAAGAAGAAGUAGAAGUGUGUGUGUGCUUCUUGUUGUGUUAGAUCUUUUUUUUUUGCUUUAGACACUGAUAUCAUAGUGUUAGAUCUGUUUUUUUUUAUGUACCUGAAUUCAGUUUUAUUUUGAUGGAUAAUCUUACUUUAUGAAUGGAAAUGAUAUUAGUUAAGAACUAAUUACAUGUUAAUAGUCUUUUGAAGUUCCUUACAUAUGGCAUUGAGAUUGAAACUUGAAUGGAUAACCCUAUUUUUUGCUGCAAUGAAAAGGUGGUCUGAUACCCAUCUAAAUGCUUCACAAUCUGUGCAGAUCAGGUAAGCAAUGUUUCUAUUGUGUUCAUUUUUGCAUCUUCUCAGCUGCAUUAUUGACUUGCAUUGCUCUUUGUAGCAUUCUUGCUUAUGCAGUGGGCAUUCUUUGUAACAGUGGGUCUCUUCUCCACAAGCACAACAACAAUUCUCUUUGGGUAGCUUGAUAUUCUUGGAUUUGAGUGGAUG